UACAAUAUUGUUUUUAUACUAAAAUGUCUUCUUUGCUGGUUCCUCUGGAAUCAGUACGAGGAAUGAAAUGUUUGGACCGUACUGCAUUUACAACUACUGUGGAAUUACCAUUUUUGAAAACUCGUGGUGUAGCACUAUCAAAAAUAAUACCUAUUGUAAAAAAAUAUCUCUUUAAAGUAAGAAACUUUAAACCAGUUCAAAGUGCAGAUAAUGAAACUAUUAUAUAUUUGGAUCCCAAGUUAAUAAAAACAAUUGAAGAGUUUGUAGAAAGUGAAAAGAAUCAGUUAUUAGGAAUGUAUGAACAGUUUGGAACAACAAAAAUAACUUUAAAAUAUGAUAACUGGCAAUCUUAUCAGAUAUUAAGGAGUAUUUUACCUGAGGAAAUUGAGGUUCCAACUUCAUAUAGCGUAGUUGGCCAUAUUUUGCAUUUAAAUCUGCGUGAUGCACAUCUACCAUAUAAAGCUCUUAUUGGCCAAGUUUAUCUUGAUAUGGUUCCAAAUGCGAUAAAAAUACUAUUACAACAGUAAAAGAGAAUGGCCAUACAUAUGAAUUAGAUUUUUCUAAGGUUUAUUGGAAUCCUCGAUUAAGUACAGAACAUCAAAAUAUAGUUAAAUAUAUGAAACCUAAUGAUG